UUUUAAAGCCAUAAGAAAAAGAUUAAAAAGGGUGGAAAAAAUUAAGGAAAAGAAAAAAGGGAAAUCAGUUCCAAAAAUCCAAAUAGUGAAUAAUCCUUGAAGAAGUGAAACUACUACCUUUCAUGGAAUUACACGUACUCCGAAUCUCCUCUGCAUUUCCAUUCACUUCCAUAACCAAACACAGCCGAAUUCUCUCCGAAUCCGACUGCCCUAUUUCUCUCAAUUUUUCUGAUAUUCCCCAAUUUUCACUCAAAGUGGAUUCCCAAAAGAGAAACGACGCAGUUUUUGACGACGCAGCAUGCGAGGCGGAGCGUCACAGACUCGACGCCGAGGCGCGUAAAGCCAUGGCUGAAACCUCAGAAAGAGAGACCCAAGACCAAGAAGACCCGAAAGCUUGGAAAUGGGUUAUCCGAAAACGGAUUUGGGACUUAAUGGAAGGCCAAAAUAUAGCCCAAUUCCCAAGGCCCGUUCAUCAUCGGAUACCCAAUUUUAUUGGAGCUUCAGUUGCUGCUAAUAAGUUGAGUGAAAUGGAGGAGUUUAAAGGGGCCAAGUGUGUGAAGGUGAAUGGAUACACCACAAAAGCAAGUCAGGUUUCUCACGCUUGAUGGUCGGCUUUCAUCAACUUGUCUUUUUUAUUUAAAAAAAUGUUAAAAGUACCGUAUUUUUCUUCUUCUUCUAAUGAGAUGACGGUUGAAUGUUUAUGUUUAGAUUCAUGAAUAUUUUGCUAUAAAUGAAGAAUGAAAGAGAAAAAAAUUUAAUAUA